GACCUAAAUCUUAAAUUAAAUCAAUUCACUUUUAGUGAGGUCCCUUAUUCUUUUGCUAGCUUGACUUGUCUAGUGACAAUCGACCUUUCUAAUAAUUAAAUUACUUGUCAUUUUCCAUCUUGGUUUACAAACCUAACAGACUUAUCAUUUUUGAGCCUUGCACAUAGUAUGUUACAUGGUUCUCUUCCAAACUCAAUUUCUAGACUCAAGAUCCUUGAAAUAUUCAAUGUUGGCUUCAAUAUGUUGAGUGGUUUUGUUGAGUUUGACUCAUUUCUUGAACUUAAAUCCCUUAAAAGUUUGAGUUUGGGCUUUAGUAAUUUCUCAUUACUAACAAAGAGUACCACUAAUAGAACAAUGCAAAAGUUUGAAGUGUUGGGUCUUGCCUCUUGUAAUCUAAGAGAGUUUCCAGGCUUUUUGUGCAACCAGAAUUAGUUGAAUCUCCUCACCCUUGCCUUUAACAAUAUCCAUGCCCAAAUACCUAAUUGGAUAUUGAAAAUGAGUGCAAGUUUGUGCAUUUUAGGUCUUUCUUAUAACUUUUUGACAAGUUUUGAAGAAUCCUUUAUUGUGUUUCCUUCAACUGGUCUUUUCUAUCCAGACCUUAGUUUUAACUUUCUCAGGGGUUCUCUGCCAAUCCCGCCACCCUCCAUUCUUUUCUACUUAGUUUCAGGAAAUGGAUUCAGUGGAGAAAUUCCACCCCAAUUCUGCAACAUGACUUCUCUUCAAGUUCUUGAUUUGUCCCACAAUGACUUGAGUGGGAUGCUGCUGCCAUGUUUUGGGAACCUUAGGUCCAUUUUGAUUUAAAAUUUGGAGAAAAACAACUUCCAUGGUCUUACUCCUAAAACUUGGGAAACUGGAAACAAACUUAAGGCAAUUAAACUUGGACAGAACUAUUUGCAGGGGAAGUUACCAAGAUCAUUGGCCAAUUGCAAAAUGCUAGUGUUUCUUGUCUUAGAAACAAUCAGAUCAAAGAUAUUUUCCCUUCUUGGUUGGGAAUUCUUCUUGAAUUGAGGAUUCUCAUUUUGUAUUCCAAUAGGUUCCAUGGUGCAAUUGUAAUCAAAGGGCCUAAGACAAAUUUCUUCUUUCCUAUGCUUUGCAUCAUUGACCUUUUGACAAUGGGGUUGUUGGCACUUUGCGAAUAGAUUACUUCGCGAGAU